GACAUCGUUCUUGCCCAGUAUAUUAGUAUCGCAGCAAUCUCAAGCACGAAUAGUAGUGUAGUGUUGUUAUCGCUCGAUCGCGAACGACUUAUUGUUGUCAUUGUGUACGCGUGGUUCAUCAAAUUGAUCACGCGUGAGCAAUAUUCGUUGCGGCUCAGUUUCGUUGAGAAGCACGCCGAACACGCCUUUCCGGCCGCAACGAUAAAGAAAAAUGACGUCAACCUACCAGGACCUUUUCGAGUCUCUAGUUCGCGAUGACGUGCGCACAUUCCGAGGAAUCCUCGAAGCCGAGGGUCUACCUAGAGGGACGGGAUACGACUUACUAAUAAAAGCUGUGAAACUCAACCGCAAGCGGAUAGUCACCUACUUACUCCAUCAAAAUUGCUGCGUCUUCAAGCCUAAAGCUACGAGUACUCCUCUUCACUUGGCUGUGGAAAAACUCGGCUGGUGUAAAAUCGUAAAAAAAAUGUUGGAAUUAGGUGCGAAAGUCACCGACGUAAAUGCGCAUGGGGAUACCGUACUUCACGUUGCUUUCAAAAAUCAUGCGAGCGACUUUGUUAUUGAUUUACUGCUCAAGACCUAUUUGACCGAGACGACCGUAGAUGUAUUUGAUAAAGAUAAUUUGGGAUUUAUGCAUAUCGCCUGUACCAGGUCGAAUAUUGACAUCGUCAAAGAGUUCUUCGACACUGGCAAGGCUAAUAUGUAUGGCCAGGUCAAUUUGGAUUGCGCAACGGAGUACGCAGGAUACACGCCGCUUCAUUUUGCCGUCAAGUACGGGAGGCACGAAAUGACAAAGUUUUUAUGUAUGUACGAGGCCGAGAUGUACAUUCAAGAUAGCAAAGGUUCUACGCCGAUACACUUGGCACUCGAAAAACGUGACGUCAAGAUGAUCGAUAUUAUUUCGUAUUACGAUUCCCAGCAUAUCAAUUACGUCAACGACGCUGGUCUAACGCACUUCAUGGCGGCUUGCGCCGUCGGCGACGCCAAUUUGAUCGAACAAUACCUGCACAUAGCCAGCCUGCCCCAUUCGGGAACGUCGUCCCAAUCUCUGCUAAGCGGCCGCGUAAGAGAUGUCGGAGGCUAUGAAUUUUCCGGAUACACACCGUUACAUUUUGCUGCGGAAUUCGGACACUACGCCAUCGUCGAGGGAUUACUGAAAAUGGGCGCCCUGCCCUCAGUCCCGACAACGUCAGGUUUGACGCCUCUCGCGCUCGCCGAGCGAGAACAAAACGUUCACAUAUGUUGGUUGUUUAUGCAAUUGAACGUAAAAUAUUAAGCGUAACUAACGAUCAAAGCUGGUACCGGGAUCGAUUCGAAAAUAUCCCGUAUAUUAUCAAUUUUAACUCUUUUUGGGUUGUUUAAUUUUAUUUGUUUUUUUUAUCUAGUUUUAUUAACGAAUUAUAAAUAUAAGUCUUUGUAAUUUAUUUUUUUUUCAUUGCAAAUUUAUAUUCCUAGAUCUGAACAGUGAAGCACGGAAAAUAAACAAGGUAAAAUGCGUUGAUAUUUAUUGCAUUUUUCGCGCACUUACGCGCGUGAAAAAGUUCGAUCACCAAAUCGCGCAUUUUACAUGUAUAAUUUGUCAUGCUUUACCGCAAUAUUUAUAACAGGCAAUUUACGUGCACAUUAAUAAAGCUUCGAAAAAAAAUACAUUCAUUUUUUCAGUAACCUUAUAUGCGGCGUACUCAAUUGUAUUUACAACGAAAAGUUGAAAAUAUUCAUUUAGUUCUUGUAAUCAAUUUUUCAGAUCCGUUUAAUUGAUUGGCCGGGUCCGUUUUGUAUCGAUACCAAUUCUACACGAUUUGAUUUUAAAUACAUUUUUUAAUCUUCGCUGUUUAACAUAUUACUUUUGCAUUAAACGUGAAAUUCUUAAAUAUAUGAAAUAUUAUCUGACAUUAUAUCUUUCUAGAGAAAAAUUAAUCGAAUUUGCUGUAGAAAGUUUAAUUGUUCUAUAAUAUCUUAUAUUCUAAUAAAUAUUAUUUUGCGUUUUCUGUUCAAUUGAAAAAGUAUUAUGUUAAAAAAUUGUAUGGAAUCGGUAUCUACGCGAAAUAAACCCGAUCGAGUGAUUGAACUUCGUGCAUAUAAAUUUGAUGUCUUUUUAUUUUGUACAUUUAAUUGAUUGGACAUGGAGUUGCAUUAUUGUAGAAAAAGUUGUAAAUUUGCAUAGUUUUUUAAGUCUGACUUUAUAUACCGAUUAAUUUAUGGAAUUUUGUAUGAUUAUAUCGCUUUUUU